AUCUUUUUUUUUUUUUUGGGCCUUCUAAGUUCUAACAUCUUGUUUUUGAAUUAUUCAAAGAAAAAAAAAAAUUAAAUCUGAUUUCUGAAUUUGUUUUUUUAUGAAAUUCAGAAAAUCGGAUUUCUGGGCUGCAAAAAGCGGUUUGUCGCCAGAGCUGCCUAAGUAUAUAAGACGUGGCAAUUUCUCCACUCGCAAGCAAACUCUACUCCUCGUCGCACCAAUUGAUUUUAGGGACUUGGUGGAGGCAAAAUUCCUAAAACCUCAGUCGCCGGCGCUUUUCCACGAACGAGUUCCGUUUGCAAAAACCUUGCUCCCAUGGGUGGGUAAUCCCCCUCUGAUUCAGCCGAUGAGGAAUGUCAUUGCGAGUCUCAGCCGUCAUCGCCGUGUCACAGUCCUCUCCGCCGCUCUAUAUCAUGACAGUCGUGCAGAAACUAUCAUGUGGAAAUCCAUCUUAUUGGGGUCUCCCAAAGAUACUGAAAUUGCAAGGACACAAGAUAUUUUGUUUCCAUCAUGCAUGUUGCAACGAUAUUGGUUUUCUACAAGUUUCACUAGUGUGCAUGGCGGUAGGCCAUCUGCUGAGUAUGCAAAGUUGAGGAAGGAAUCAUUAGAAAGUGAAUUCGGGCAUACCAUUGGAACUCAUAGCUCAAAAAGCAUUUCUACUUUGUACCGGUUUGGCCCAUUUUUGGCUCUUUAUAGAGCAGCAAUAAUCUCAUUUCAUGUACUGAAGUUGACUAUUUGGCAAUUCUUUGUUCAAGACAUCAAAAAACGUGCCAUCAAGUUGCGUGAGAUGCUAAUCAGCUUGGGGCCAUUCUAUGUAAAGCUUGGACAGGCUUUGAGCACCAGGCAAGAUAUAUUGCCACUAGUUUACUGUCAAGAACUUGCUAAAUUACAGGAUCAAAUUCCCCCUUUUCCCACACGUGUUGCACUAAAAUCAAUUGAAUCUGAGUUGGGUGUUCCAAUUUCAGAAAUUUUUGCUGACAUCAGUCCAGAGCCUAUUGCAGCAGCUUCUUUAGGACAGGUCUAUAAAGCUCACCUUCAUUCUGGAGAACUGGUAGCUGUUAAAGUACAGAGGCCUGGUAUGUCACUGCGGUUGACCCUUGAUGCCCUGCUGUUUCAUAUGAUUGGAGGUCAAUUAAAGCGAUUUGCAAAGGCCCGCAGAGAUCUGUUAGUAGCAGUGAAUGAAGUGGUAAGACACAUGUUUGAUGAAAUUGAUUAUGUCAUGGAGGCAAAAAAUGCUGAACGCUUCGCUUCUCUCUAUGGUUGCUAUCCAUAUAACAACCAGACUAGUCAUCAAUAUGAUAAAGUCAAGAAAGCAAUGGGAAUUAAAGUGCCAAAAGUUUACUGGGACUUUACACGCAAAGCUGUUCUCACCAUGGAAUGGGUUGACGGAAUUAAACUUACAGAUGAAAUUGGCCUCAAGAAGGCAUGUCUAAACAGAAGGGAACUGAUUGACCAGGGAUUAUAUUGCUCUUUAAGACAGUUGCUGGAGGUGGGAUUUUUCCAUGCUGACCCACACCCAGGAAAUCUUGUUGCUAUAAACGGUGGCUACCUAGCGUAUUUUGACUUUGGAAUGAUGGGAGAAAUUCCACGCCAUUACCGUGUAGGACUUAUUCAAGUGCUUGUACACUUUGUUAAUCGUGAUUCUCUGGGUCUGGCAAAUGAUUUUAUUUCUUUGGGAUUUAUUCCGGAAGGAGUUGAUGAACAAUCAGUUGCAGAUGCAUUGCAUGCAUCCUUUGGGGAUGGAACUCGACAAUCCCAUGAUUUCCAGGGUAUAAUGGAACAGUUAUAUGAUGUCAUGUAUGACUUUGACUUCUCUCUUCCCCCAGACUAUGCUCUGGUGGUAAGAGCACUUGGCUCACUAGAAGGAACUGCAAAAGUUCUCGAUCCUGAUUUCAAAGUUAUUGAGAGUGCAUACCCUUAUGUUAUCGGAAGGCUUUUGGCAGACCCAAAUCCUGAUAUGCGAAGAAUUCUAAGGGAGCUUGUCAUUCGUAAUGAUGGAUCUAUAAGGUGGAAUCGGCUAGAGCGCUUGGUAGCUGCAAUAUCUGAACAGGCUUCUGAGUCAUCUGGUGAGCCUGCUAACUCGGGAGAAAAUGCUUCAAACCUUUUGGGAUGGAAGUCAUUCAACAUGCGAGCUGUUGUUGCUGCAACGGAAGAUCUUCUUCUUUUCAUUCUAUCUGAAAAGGGUCUGCGGGUGAGGGUUUUCCUUCUGCAGGAUAUAAUCCGAGCAGCAGAUAUUUUUCUACAGGCUGGAGUUUGUAUAUUAGAUGAUGAAACUAAAGAAAUGGAUGGACCAGAAUCUGAGCAGGGACAUGCAAUGAUGAAACGGGUGGUCAAUGGCUUUCGCUCUCUUUAUCAAGCAGUGAAGUUAGCCCCCGAGUUAUGGACAGCGAUGCUCUUCCGCAUGUCUUCUAAGCCAGAAGUCCAUAGCUUUACUCACGACAUAAUAUCAGCGUUACACAUGCACUGUAGCCGCAAACUUCCUGAGACCUUUUGGGUUUGUAUUUCUAGAUUACUUCAUAAAUCAACCAAAGAUUAUAGCUCCGAGGAUCAUAUCUAAGAUAAUUCUUUUUCCAGUUCUGAAAUCUUUAACCAUUUUAGAAGUUCCAUAGCAAAUUUUUUCACAUGCCAUGAAAAGAUAACAUGAAAUCCCUAAUUUAGUAUCUAUAUGAGUUGUCUUGAUCAUACGCUGCUACAUUUCCCUUAAUACGAGGGCAAAUGAACAAUGUCCUAACUCGUCGGUAGCCCUACCAAAACUCUAACCUCUGCUAAUUGGAAGGGAACAGGGAUUGACUCGCUUCCAACCACAAUCGUCAUGGUAAGUUUUUGGUUUGUCUGAUGUAUGACGUUAGCAUCUUCUUCACCCAAACUCUCCCAAGGUCUUGUCAAUAAUAUUUGUUAGUUUAA